AUGCCACCAAAAGAAGAUUGGGAUAAAUAUGUCGCACCAUCUGAGGAUGAAGUACAAGAUAAGAUCACUCCUUUGACAGAAGGUGAUAUUCAAGUUUUGAAAACAUAUGGUACUGCACCAUACGCUGAUUCAUUAAAACAAAUUGAAAAAGAUUUAAAAACAAUAGAGGAAAGAAUUAAGACCAAUCAAGGUAUAAAAGAAAGUGAUACAGGGCUAGCACCACCUCAUCUUUGGGAUGUUCUUGGAGACAAACAGCGUAUGCUGGAGGAACAAAGUUUACAAGUUGCUAGAUGUACUAAAAUCAUUGAAGCCACCCAACCACUGCAACCUACAGCUAUACAAAAUGCUGAUACCAAAUCCAAAUAUGUCAUUAAUAUUAAACAAAUAGCCAAGUUUGUGGUAGGAUUGGGAGAAAGACUUUCACCUACUGAUGUUGAAGAAGGUAUGAGAGUUGGUGUUGAUAGACACAAGUAUGAAAUUCAAUUGCCAUUACCACCAAGAAUUGAUCCUUCUGUUACCAUGAUGACUGUUGAAGAGAAACCGGAUGUUACAUAUAACGAUGUCGGUGGUUGUAAAGAGCAAAUUGAAAAAUUAAGAGAAGUUGUUGAAUUGCCAUUGUUGAGUCCAGAAAGAUUUGUUAAAUUGGGUAUUGAUCCUCCAAAGGGUAUUUUAUUGUAUGGACCACCAGGUACUGGUAAGACCUUGUGUGCGAGAGCCGUUGCAAACAGAACUGAUGCAACUUUCAUUCGUGUGAUUGGGUCUGAAUUGGUGCAAAAAUAUGUUGGUGAAGGUGCAAGAAUGGUUAGAGAAUUAUUUGAAAUGGCAAGAACUAAGAAAGCAUGUAUUAUAUUUUUUGAUGAAGUUGAUGCUAUUGGUGGUGCAAGAUUUGAUGAUGGUGCUGGUGGGGAUAAUGAAGUUCAAAGAACCAUGUUGGAAUUGAUUACUCAAUUAGAUGGUUUUGAUCCAAGAGGUAAUAUUAAAGUUAUGUUUGCCACAAACAGACCAAAUACAUUGGAUCCAGCUUUAUUGAGACCAGGUAGAAUUGAUAGAAAAGUUGAAUUCUCUUUGCCUGAUUUAGAAGGUAGAGCCAAUAUUUUCCGUAUUCAUUCCAAGACUAUGAGUGUUGAAAAGGAUAUUAGAUGGGAAUUGAUUUCUAGAUUGUGUCCUAAUGCCACUGGUGCUGAAUUGAGAUCAGUUUGUACAGAAGCAGGUAUGUUUGCUAUAAGAGCUAGAAGAAAGGUUGCCAAUGAAAAGGAUUUCUUAAAAGCAGUUGAUAAAGUCAUUAAGGGUAACUUGAAAUUCAGUUCGACAAGUCAAUAUAUGCAAUAUAACUAA